CCUGCCAGCCCCUGCUUAGGCAAAACUCUACCGAAAGCUUGAUACUACAUGUCAACCACAGACACAAUUCGUAGUAGUGUGUCGCAUCACGACGACCUCAUUCGCCUGAUUGGAGCCCUCGAUUACGCGCCCAAGGCUCUCCAGAGCCAGCAGGAGUACAUUCGAGGGCUUAACACGCAGCUAGAGGUGGUUACGAAGAACAUUCAGGAGCUCGAGAAGACUACGAAGAAAGAGAAGAAGGAGCAUAAGGAGGUUUCAGAAAGUAAGAUCAGGAAGUUCGCGUAUCGUGUGGGUGGCCAGGGGAACAAGUAUGACCAGCGUGUUGAAAAAGAGCACAGGGAGUUCGUGGAAGCGCUAGAGAAGGAGAUGAGGGCGAAGGAGGAAGCAGAGCUGUUCAAGAAGAUACUAGAUGAGGGCAACGAAGUUUUAAGGAACCUCACCGCCGAAGCGUCCCGUCACAGCGAGCUGAAGGCGCAACUUGAUCACCUCUACAAAUCGAUCUUUGACGGUCCUACCUCAGAGUUCCCUCUCGAUGACCAACUCGAACGCGCCGUUCACCAAGCUCAGCAGCGUUAUGACCAGAUCCAGCUGUGUCUUAACAGCGAGUCGCAAGUCGUUGACCUGCUUUCUCGUGCUUACGACCUCAGCGCUCGCGCUCAGCAGGAGAUGCAGCAGGCCUUAUCAUACUCGACUUGGGACAUGUGGGGCGGUGGGGUUGGAGCGGAUAUGAUGGAACGCAAUGCGGUCAGUACGGCGACGAGCUACGCAGGCCAAGCAGACAUGUUGGUGCAUCAGGCGAUCAUACACGCGAACUCACCGGACGAUGUGCAACCAAUCCCGGGAUUGCAAAUCCCACAGAUCUCGUCAACAAUGGACAUAUUCUUUGAUAACAUCAUCACCGACAUGAAUGCUCACCACAAGAUUGAGAUGGCGACAAACCAGCUUCAAGAAGCUCGUCAAUUCCUGACGCACCAGCUUUCAAGUUCACGCAGUCGGGCCGACGUCAUCGGUAACGAUCUCCUCCAAGCCUCUAACGCGCUUAGCCAUGCACGCGGGGAGCUCGAUGGUUAUCGAAGACGAUUGUUCGAUCAAGUCGCCCACAGCGGUAACAGCGGAGAUGGCGGGGGAGCAAAUGGAACGGCUCCUCCAAUACCAUCGCAAUACGCCCCUCCGCCUUACCCGCCGCCUCAGUUUACUGGCGGAGUUGAGUUGGCUGGAGGAGAGGCGGCACAAGAUAGUCAGCCAGGGGCACAGGAGAGGCCGGAGAUGCCCAUGGCACCAGUACCGUCCUGGGGAUCCCGGAAUCCAUAUGCGGCGCAGAUGGCAUCAGGCAGAGAAGGAAAAGACUCACUAUGAUGCCCGCCCUGGAUCUGUCUUACUGGACGAUAUCUAAUAAUAUACCGUUCAGAGCCCUGAAUUCUGAUAGAAAAUGCGGCCUUCAGCUCACCCUCAUACACUCAAGGUAUUGUCCAACACUCUUGGAAUCAACGCUCACAGCAUAACUUCAUGCUGCGGACUCAUGCUGCGUCCAAAACCAGGGUAUCCU